CAUCCCAACAGGGAAUGGACCCCAUACUAUAUCGUCUGUGACAGUGACAGACUGACGGAAUCUCAGACGUGUGACAGGCAUAAGCCUACCAACACCACUGGCUUCUUUUCCCCAUUGACGAAAUCUUGCGUCUCCAUUUGGGAGGUUCCACAAAGCACAGGUUACGGAUUGGCUCCUAGCUGCACAGGGAAAGAGAAAGGAUCCUACCUGUCCACUGAAAGGUCAGAUGUAUACUACAGAUGUCCUAAAGAAAAAGUCCUCUAUUGUCCAGCUGGUCAAAAUUUCAAUACAGCUCAAGAAAAGUGCCUUUGAUUUUAUUUAAACAACUCUUAUCUAAUCUAUUCAUAAUAUUUCCUAGCCUGGGAUUUUCAUUUUAAAAAUAUGUUUCUGUGCUGAUAGUAAUAUUAAUCCAAUAGAGUAGGAGAUGGUAAAAUGAUUGAUGUGAAAUAAAACUUAGUGCUAUUCCUGAAACUAUUCAAAAGACAGCAAUGUCUCUAUGCAUCCCAAUCCCACUAGCAUGAACAUUUCUUAUCCCACUCAAAUGUUUAGGGACAUGGGAAUUGAAUCCUUACUGAAUUGGGGGAGGAGAGCAAUUUUGUAAUAUUUAUUUUUGAAAUUUUAAAUUAUUUCAAUUUCUGUGAGUCAGGUAAUUCAACUCGGG